AUGUCACAAAGUCUACACAUCGUGAGACCAAACCUCACCAACGCGUUUGGCUCCUUGUCCACAGCUCCAAUCAAUGUCACACUUCAAGCUCCAGCAUUAUUCCAACUAUUAGAAUUCGCUUUACGUGCAGAAGCUGAUAGCAGAGUCAUUGGUACUUUAUUAGGUACUCGUUCAGAUGAUGGUUCAGAAAUUGAAAUCAAAGAUGCCUAUAUAGUGCCACACCAUGAAGAAGGUGAUGAAGUCACCAUUGAAGAAUAUCAACACAGAUCAUUAUAUCAAUUACACAAGAGAGCUAAUCCAAAAGAUUCAAUCUUGGGUUGGUUUUCAUCUAAUCCAACUGUUGAUUCAUUCACUGCUUUAGUCCAUGAUUUCUAUUCAAGAAGUGCUGAUGGUACUUUCCCACAUCCAGCUAUUCAUUUAACUUUAUCAAAAGAUAACCUAAAUGAAGGUGAAUUAUCUUCAAUCCCAACUAUAAAUACCUAUAUUGCAUCACCAGUCGGUGCUGUUGGUGCCACUGCUGCUAAUUUGAAAUUAGACAAAUCAAGUUCAUACUUAUUCACCCCAAUCAGUAACAAAAUUGCCUUUGAUGUUGCUGAAAAUUCAGUCUUGUCAUAUGCUUCAAAUGCUGUUUUCAAUGAAGAAGAUUCUCAAUCAAUUGAAUUAAACAGUACAUCAGUUGAUUUGAAAUUAUUGACUGAACAUUUGAAUAAAAUAGAUUUAAUAAUUGGAAGUACGCUUAAAUAUAUUGAUCAAGUUGAAAAAAAGGAAAUCAAAGGUGAUGAAGUCUUUGGUAAAUUCUUAUUAACAAAUUUGAAAUCUAACUUAAAUUCAAUCAACUUAGAACAAUUAGAAAAACAAUUCAAUUCACAUAUACAAGAUACUUUAAUGGUUGAAUAUUUAGCAAGUUCUGUCAAGACCCAAUUGGAAUUAUCUGCUAAAUUAACAACUUUAAUCUAA